AUGAAGGAUAUCUCCGGUCCGGAGUUUGAGAUCGACGUGGAGAGUCUGGAGACCGAGAGCGACGACCAAGACCGUUCGGACUACAGCUCCUCUCUUCCCGGCGCAGGGUACGACGAGCCGGGGGCCAAGGGAGAUGACAAGCCGCCGGGGACCACCAGCCCCGGGAACUGCGAACCGAGGAAGCUGAGCCGGACGCCGAAGUGUGCCCGCUGCAGGAACCACGGCGUGGUGUCGUGUCUGAAGGGGCAUAAGCGGUUCUGCCGCUGGAGGGACUGCCAGUGUGCCAACUGUCUUCUGGUGGUGGAGAGACAGCGGGUCAUGGCGGCUCAGGUGGCACUACGGAGACAACAAGCUACAGAGGAUAAAAAGGGAAUUUGUGGGAAGCAGAUUCCAGUGGAGAGAAGAGCUAUUUACCAGAGACACAUAAGACCAUCAACCAUGCUGGCUAAGAGCAUUCUGGAAGGGUACCGUCCGGUGCAGGGUGAUCCGUACAUGGGGGCCAGCCCCCCCCUCCCACCCCCCCUCAGCGACAGGAUGAGGAAGAGGAGAGCGUUUGCUGACAAAGAGCUGGAGAGUGUCAUGCUGGAGAGAGAGUACAAGGAGAGAGAGCUGCUAGAACCCUCCCAGGCUGCUACAGCCUCUCUACUCUUCCCCAACAGUUUGGUCCGCCAUGCUGCAGAGUACAAGUCCUACAAGACGGCCUACUCGGCCUCCGCCCCGGAGGAGCUUCACCACAACAACAAGGACCUCUGUCACUUCCUGUCGCCCAGCUGUGUGGACCUCUCCCUGCAGUACUCCGCCGGCCCCGGCAACAUGGAGCUCAUCUCCUCCAAUGUCUCCGUGGCGACCACCUACCGCCAGUACCCUCUGACCUCUCCUCUGACCUCUCCACGGGGGUUUAUGGUGUGGCCGCGUGGCCCCUCCCUUCUGUACCAGCAGUGCCUGCUCAACGCCACGGCUGUCCAGAACAUGAAGCCAGGUGCGGCUUGGGAGCCCAGAAUGAUGGCCGCCGCCGCCGCAGAGAGCCUGCCGCCCGACCUCGACGCCAUGGCAACCGCCACCCCCACCUCGGCCACCAAGCUGAAGGGUUCGAGAUUUGCAGCGGGCCUCCCCGAGGGUUCUGAACCCCAGCUGCAGGAUUGCCCCGCACAGUCCCAGGCCCCUCUCACCCAGGGGGGGCACUGCAAACGAUCAGCCUUCUCCCCGCCGAAGAGAGGCUUCGGACAGGCCUUCCCCCCUAGUACACCUCACCUCCAACCUCACUCCCAGCCUCACCCUUACCACCCUAGCCACGAACAUGUCGUGAACAAGCUGAGCAAGGACAGUGCCAAACACACGCUAUCCAUGAAGCUCAACUCUUUUCACUCACUCAUCCAGCAGACACUGAGUGAGAAGGCUAGGGACGGGGCUGGAGAGAGAGAGAGGGCUAGGGCUGAGCUCCGGGGCCCCUACUGUAAAGAACUGCUGGAGGAAGCAGCCAGAAAGUACCGUGAAGGACCUUCUAAGGACUUCUACAGUUUCAAAGAUUCUGAUAGAUGCAGCAAGGAGUUUCUGGCUACGUCAGCUGGAACCAAAGUGGUGUCCAGCGAUUCCCUGUCCUUCUCUGUCGAGGCCAUUCUGAAGAGACCGUCACCUGCUAUGAACAGGGCUUCACAGUAA